AUGAGCGAUUCUCUCGAUGGUGCGACUGCGGCGGCUGCGCCUACAGACUCGCCCACAGGCACCUCCUCAAACAAUGCCGAGUCCAUCGCCCAAGGCAAGGAAAAGGCCAAGGAAGUCCUAGCGGCCUCCGGUAUCGACCUUUCGAAGAACGACUCUCCCAAUGGCACUGAUCCGACCGGCCACGAUGCGAACCACAGCGCGAAUCGUAAGCGCAAACGCGAAACCCCUAUCGAGCGUAUCCAGGCCGAUGAAUACGUCCAGCGCGAAUACCAUUACAAGGCCCUGUUGGCCGAACAAAUCAACCACCCAACCCUGUCGCAGCAAAAGAAGCAGGAGCUUGCAUUUUACCAAAGUCUGCGACCGAGACGCGAGCAUGAUCCGGGCUCGAUCUUUGGAUAUGGCUAUGAGGGGUUCGGCAACCCGAGGACCGACGACAAGAACAUCCGCGAUCCCAUCUUAUAUCCACGACAGAGAAGGCCGGGAAAACGCAAGACCAUGCCUCCCCGUAUCCCUCGCACGGAGCAAAUCCUACAGGCCGAGCAAAACGAGGACCUGGUGCCGAUCCGGCUUGACAUCGAUUGGGGCAAGAUCAGGUUACGCGACACGUUCACCUGGAAUCUUCAUGAUCGCACGACGUCUGUCGACUACUUCGCCGAAAAGCUGGUAGAAGACUUUGGUCUCGAGGUUGGCGCCUGUCGUCCCCUGGUUCAAGCCGUGGCAGCCAGCAUCCGCGAACAGAUCACCGAUUACUGCCCUCACAUCUUCACCGAUGAAGAACCGCUGGACCCAUCUCUACCCUACUUUGCCUACAAGAACGAUGAGAUGCGGGUCUUGGUCAAACUGAAUAUCACCAUUGGCCAAAAUACGCUGAUUGACCAGUUCGAAUGGGAGCUCAAUAACCCCUUUAAUUCCCCGGAAGCCUUUGCCCGUCAGAUGACAGACGAUUUGUCUUUGGCAGGAGAGUUCACAACGGCCAUCGCCCACUCCAUACGUGAGCAAUGCCAGCUGUUUUCUAAAUCUUUGCAUAUCACGGCCUAUCCUUUUGAUGGCCGACCUGUGGAGGACCCUGAUAUACGUGAAAACCUUCUACCAUCUCCUCUACCCACCACCUUCCGACCCUAUCAGGCCGCUAAAGACUACACUCCUUACCUGUACGAACUCAACGAAGCAGACCUAGAGCGGACGGAGCUGUCCAUAUCUCGGGAGCAGAGGAGACAAAAGAGGUCUACCAACCGCAGAGGCGGGCCUGCGCUGCCAGAUCUCAAGGAUCGCCAGCGGACCAUUCGAUCUUUGGUCGUUUCUUCUGUCAUUCCAGGUGGUGCGUUGAGCAUGGAGGAAAGUCGAAUCUUCCGUAUCGCCAAGUCGGCUCGAAGGUCUGCUCGCGGCGCCGGUCAACGAGAUGGACUUGACGACACGGACGAAUCCGACAGCGAGGAUUCAGGACCCGACUCCCCUGCCAUUCCAACUCAUCUAUUGCAACAAGGAACAGCGCGAACGAGGGGGAUUCGAAACGCUGCUUUGUCCGCAAGUGCCGGCAUCCGCUCGAACCUCAGCGGUUUCGCUUCUGUGAGAUCCGCGACGCCGGAAUCCAUUGCGCCUUCGCACCAUGAAGGUCGAUCCUCCGUUCGAAGGAAGGAUUACAAAGAGGAAAGUGAUGAUGAGUCUGGCCCGGAAAAGUUGGUCGUGGUAUUGCGGUUGGGAAGGGCGAAGCUUCGCGAAUGGACACGUUCGCAGCGAGCCAAAGACCGGGCCGCCUUCGUUUCCAACGCAUCAAAUCAAGGCAGCCCGCGUCCUGGAACUCAUUCACGGUCGGUCUCGGCCGCACCCCUCAAUCUCGCGGCAAUGCCGCCACCACCCUCUCCUGUACCGGCUCCUGCCGACAUUCCAGGCGCUGUGGAUGCCACCCACCAUCCUCCCAGCUCUGCACAUCCUGCUCCCCCGUGUCCGGAUUGGCUUCUUCAAGACCUGGAACGGCUCCGAAAGAUCUAUCCCCAUGAUCGAUUUGAAGGCUUCAUGAAACACACAGCGGUAGAUCCGAAGACGCACAAACUCGUGCCGGCAAAUGAAGCCAGCCGAUCGUUCCCGCACAAAUACGUGCCACGGAUCAGGUGCCUUGACUGCCCACCUGGGAAAAGUUACAUGCCGAGUGCCGAGAACUUUGAGGCACAUCUCAGGAAUCGCGUCCACCGGUCUAACGUGGAUGAGCGACAGGGAAAGAAAGCAGCGGCGUAG